AUCCUCAUCCUCCGGUCGUUGGAAGAAAUCUUUACAUGAAUCGAGGCUGUUUCGCGGUAAUAGACCUCGAUGAUUUCUUGAAUCGAAGGGUUUGAUCUCCUUUUCACGUUCCCCUACCUGUGAUUGGGUUUGGGACUCCUAGGGCAUCUCAAGAGGACGGGAGGAGCUUGGUCUGAUCGCUAGAUUUGUUAAAGACUGCACUUGUUGAUUCUGGACUGGGUGAGAGAUGCCGCGGACGGUAUCUCGAUCUCCUUCGUACAGGAGAAGGCGCUCUCCUUCUCCCUGGUACAGCAGCAGGAGAAGCAGAAGGGAUCGCAGCCGCUCUCCUUACUCUUAUAGGUGAUCUCGCUUGAAAUCACAAACCUACAGCGUAGCCUUUUCUUUCUUAGAUCUAAAUUUCCUCUUUUUCUAAUGCAUCUUGUUCCGCAAGAUUCCAGCUUAUGUCUGUGUAUACCUUUCUGCUUCUACUUCAUAAGAAUACAUUGUAUGAAGGAAGAUUGAAUGAAAGCAAAUUUUGUUUCAUCCUGUCGGAGCAUCAAUCCACAUGUAAGACUGAUUGCUUGAUCGAGUUAGAAGUUCUUACCAGGCUGCAGUUAUCCAUUGUUCGAGUGGUAUAUGAUAUCUUCUUGCAGUCAGAAUGGAAAAUAGUGAUUAUUUUUUGUUUUUAUAAAUUAGAGUGCUGAAGGUUUUCUGUUAAGUGUAGAAAUAUAUUUCCAUUGCUAAAAGCAUAGUGAUUGUGGCUUUGACUGGUGCUUGAACACGAUUUUUUUUUCUUCUUUUUUUUUUUGCCCCGAACAAAGGUGGUGAGUAUUUUGGAGAGUCCUUUAUAGAUGCAUGUUGGUCUCCAAAACUGGUUAUAAUGUCAGAAAGCAUUUUUGUAUUGGUUGUUUUGGUUUGAUUAUUUCCUGGUGUUUGGUUGAAGCUUGUUCAGAAAGCAUUUUUGUAUUGGUUGUUUUGGUUUGCUUAUUUCCUGGUAUUUGGUUGAAGCUCGUUCAUAGAGAUAUUUGGUUAACUUGGUGCUGCAGAACAGUGCUAUUAAUUUCUUUAAUGAGAUACAGAGGUUGCAAUCAUUUCCUUUGGCUGAGACUGGUUGAGACAGACAAAUUGUUGGUUUCAUGCUUGUGUUAUGUCAACCAGUUCAAUGCUAGUUAGCCUGCACUGGUUCUUAAGUUGCUAUUCCCAUGAUCUUGAAUGACGUGGAUCAACACAUUUUUGUGUGACCACUGAUAAUUCUAAUGAAGACGAGACAAAUAAUUCACAAGGUGAACAAUAAAUCAGUUUGCUGAACUUUUUUGUUCGAAAUCAUUUCAGACUGCUUCUCCGAGUGAUGUUUUCCCAAAUUGAUUCUCUUCUAAUCAAGUGUGUUUUGUUCAAUCUCGUAUAAUAUUCUCAUGAAUUACAACUGUAUCAAAGUAAUUAGUUUAAUGCCUCCAUGGAUGAUCAUUUGCUGUCUCUUAGAUGAACGGUGCUGAAAGUUGAAAGAUGAUGAUCAGUGUGUUGCAGCUCUGUUACCAUUGUCAUCAUUGUUGUUAUUACUGUUUCAGAUAUGGUGAAAGGCACCACAUCCUUAUGAAGAAAAAGAAUGUCAUGAUGAAAAUGGUCAUAAUCACCAAAACUUUUCUUCUUAAUAACAACCCAGCUGAAAUUAUUAUUAUCCAUAUACACCAGGAUGCACCACAUUUUUUAUGGUGGUAAUGGAUGGCUUGAAAAUAGUAGUCAUGAUUAUGUAAUUAUUUACUUCUUCAUAAUAGCCUCGCUGAACUUGAUUUAUCAACUUGAAAAUUAACAGACUUAAUACAAUAAGAACUGGAAUUCUGAAUGUGGGACAACAAUAUUAAAAUUGACUCCCUUUUUAUGGUUUAUUUAUCCUGGUUUGAUUAUUCUUGCCUCUUCUAUAGAGGAGAAUGAGAUUUUAGAUGGUGCUCUCGAGGGGGUUUACAAUAACUAGCUGCAUGAUUGUGUUUUGCAGCCCAGCAGAUGCACAGUAGUUUGAACAUGAUAAUCGUGCUUUACUUAUGGAAUGGGUUGGUCUGUUCUUAUGCAGUUUGUUUUAUAUAUGUUAUGUGGUACCCACAUGUUUUCGUCUUUUCGAGAAAGUAAUAGUUGUAUUUUUUCCAUGUUUAAUGCCACGGUAUAGUAAUCUGAUUGAUGAUCUUGUAAUGAUAUUGAUCUUCGAGGUCUUGCAGACAGUAGCUAUGCAGUUUAUUCAGUAGCAAUCAUACUUCAGUCACAAUUUUGUUCACUUUGUCGAUGGUAAUAAUCUCUAUCAUCCUACUUUAACAAUGUCAGCAACUCUGUAGGACUUCUAACAGUGCAUGAGAUUAAAGAACCUUUGAUGUUUGAUUAACCAUAUGCAUAUGAUUAUGGGAUUAAAUCUAACAUGAGUUCUAUCUUCUCAAAGUUGUAAAUGCUAUUUAUUACUGGAUAUAUAUGCUGUAAAAAACAAAAUUUUGUAAGACUUUAUGUUUUCGCUGCCAAAAAGAAAAAAGGACCCUUAAAAGCAGGUGGUGAAUGCUCAUGGUUAUCCUUUGGUUGCUUGAUUUGGACUUACAAGAGUGUUUUGGUAAAAGAUGGAGCAUACACAGAUAACACUUAACAAUGCUUGAGGUACCUGUACAUGAUAUAUUGAGAAAAAGUCGUUCUCCUUCCCCAAGAUGGCGUAAAAGCCGUUCUCCAACCCCUAGGAGGCGCAAAAGUCAUUCUCCAUCACCAAAGCGGUACAGACGGCGAAGCAGGACCACCACAAGGUCUCCCAUAGACAAGUCUCGAAGCCCUAGUCCUGGGUCAGUAGAGCGCCAAAAUUCUAUGGAGAAACAAAGAAGGGAAGAAGAAGAAAAGAAGCGGCGUCAAAAGGAAGCAGAACUAAAACUAUUAGAAGAGGAAACUGCUACGAGGAUUGAAGAGGCUAUUAGGAAAAAAGUUGAAGAGAGUUUGAACUCUGAGGAGGUCAAGCAAGAAAUACAAAGACGGAUUGAUGAAGGUCGAAAAAAGCUGCUUGAUGAGGUUGCAGCCCAACUUGAGAAGGAAAAGGAAGCAGCUCUUGCGGAAGCCAGGCAGAAAGCGGAACAAGAAAGGAGAGAGAGGGAGGAGUUGGAUAAGAUGCUCGAGGAGAAUCGGAGAAGGGUGGAGGAGGCUCAGAGAAGAGAAGCUUUGGAACAACAGCAGAAAGAGUUGGAGCGUUAUCAGGAGUUGGAGCGGCUCCAAAAACAAAAGGAAGAAGCUAUGCGAAGAAAGAGAAUGGAAGAGGAAGAAGAAAGGGCAAACCUGAUGAAGCUGUUGGGUAAGAACAAGUCUCGUCCCAAGUUAUCAUUUGCAUUUGGUUCAAAGUAACUGCCUGAAAUGUCUGGCAUUUAUGAUUUAAACGAAGCGAUAGUUAUGUAAUUUGUCUUUGUUGGUCUCGUACCUGCUUAAUUGGUGAGUCAUGGGAGCUAAGUGAACGAUGUACAAUUUGUUUCUUGCUUAGGUAUUAUUAUUUAGCCACUUGUGAACUAUUGUUAUAAAAAUCCCA